UGGGAGGGAUAAGGGUUGAUAAAAGAUGAGUAGUUGCAAAAUGUUGUUUAGAGGAACAUCAUUAACAUUAUCGAAUGGAAUGUGGCAUAGAAUCCCAAAAAUUGAACACAAGUUGUUACAGUUUCGAAGGUUGUCUUCUUCAACGACAAAUUGUUCGUCUCUUCAAGCUCCAGAUGUGACUCAAUUGGCAAAAACAGCGCACAUCUCUCUUACUCCAACCGAGGUUGAAGAAUUUGGUCCGAAAAUUAAGCAGAUCAUAGGGUGGUUUGGACAGCUAGAGGGUAUUGAUCUCCAAAGCAUUGAGCCCUCCAUCAGAGCAGAUACUGAAAACAAUUUGCGUGACAAUACUCCCGAAACAUUUGACAAUCGGGAUGCCAUCAUCGCUUCUGUUCCAAGCUAUGAGGAGCCUUACAUUAAAGUUCCAAAGGUCCUGAAUGUGGACUAAAGUUUGUUAGAUGAUUUAUUUUGACUAAAAAGAAACUAAUGAAGACUGUUGUCUUGUAUUUUGAACUUCUUUGUUCUUUAUAUGAACUAGCUCUGAUUCUGAAUUUUCAUGAUGGAAAUCAGCUCAUGGAAUCUGUACUUGGACAAAUUUUGAAAUCUGCGUCAUCAUAAUUUCAUAAUUAUUUAAGGUGUUUGAUAAUGUAUUUGUAUAUAUGGAUACAAGAUUUAUCAGGAAAGUUCAAUUGUUCCGCUGAGACUUUCUUCAAGGUAA